CGUGCUCCUCCUCCCUCCCUCCCUCCCUCUUCUUCCUCCUCCCUCCCUCCCUCUCUACCCACCACCCUAGCCAAGCCAAGCACUCCGGCCACCCCCGCCUAUCUCCAUCGCCGUCCUCCUCCUCCCUCCCCUCCCCCACCGGCAUUGGAUUGGAUUGGAUUGGAUUGGCGUCGAGUGGAGAUCCAUCCGGACUCGGAUUCAUUCCUUCUUUCCAUGCUACGUGUCAAAUGGUUGUCAUCGAGUAAAGUUAUAAUAUUGGCCACUUUGCAUUAGUUCUUCAGUAAAGGCACAAUGUCUUGCUUGGGCACAGUUGACUCUACUCACGUGUACAUCAGUUCUGCUUGGAGUUUGAAGGAGAAGUUCAGUGGCACGCCAUUUUUCUGAGUAAAACAGCUAUAUUGCUUGUACACAGAUAUUCAAAUGGGUUCAGACAAGCAGAGUGGUAGCCCACUCUUGGGAACCCUCAAGAUGGGGAGGGUUAGGACUAUCCUAACGCAUACCUAUCCAUAUCCUCAUGAACACUCAAGACAUAUCAUGACUGCAGUGAUUAUUGCCUGUCUCUUUUUUAUAUCUUCUGACAAUAUGCAUACACUCAUACAUAAACUGGACCACAAUAUCAAGUGGUGGUCCAUGUAUGUUUGCCUCAUUGGUUUCUUCUAUUUCUUUUCAUCUCCUUUUCUUGGAAGAACCAUUCAGCCAAGUUACUCAAAUUUCAACCGCUGGUAUGUCGCUUGGAUUUGCUUCGCAUCCCUGUACCAUCUUCCUAGCUUCCAAUCAAUGGGGGUCGAUAUGCGCAUGAACCUUUCACUUUUUUUGACAAUAUAUUUCUCCUCAGUCCUUUUCAUAAUUGCCUUUCAUAUCAUAUUUAUUGGUCUCUGGUACAUUGGGCUGGUUGCUCGCAUGGCAGGAACAAGGCCAGGAAUAUGGACAAUUGUCCAGAACUGUACUGUAAUCAGUAUUGCCUGUUGUGUAUUCUACAGUCAUUGUGGUAAUCGUGCUGUGCACAAAAGCAAAUCUUUUGGUAGCAGUUCUGAUCCAAAUUUGCUUGCUUUUCUUGAAAAUGAAAAUAGAAGUACGUGGAUAUCAAAUUUUCUCCGCAUGAAUCAGUUGAAAGAUCAGAUAUGUUCAUCUUGGUUUGCUCCUGUUGGAUCUGCUAGUGAUUAUCCUCUUCUUGCCAAAUGGGUUAUCUAUGGGGAGUUAGUUUGCAGUGGAUCCUGUGCUGGCCCAUCAGAUGAAAUAUCUCCUUUGUACUCAUUGUGGGCUACAUUCAUGGGCCUCUAUAUCGCAAACUUUGUUGUCGAGAGAUCAACUGGUUGGGCUCUUACACACCCAUCAACAGAUUUGGAGGAGGAGAAGCUGAAGAGACAUAUGAAACCAGAUUUCCUAGACAUGGUACCUUGGUAUUCAGGGACAUCAGCUGAUUUAUUCAAGACCGCAUUUGAUCUUAUGGUCUCUGUAACUCUUUUUGUUGGGCGAUUUGACAUGCGCAUGAUGCAGGCUGCAAUGAAAGGACGCACAGAUGACACUCAGAAUGAUGACCUAUUGUAUGACUACUUCAAUGAAAGGGAAGACCUUUGGUUUGACUUUGUUGCAGACACUGGUGAUGGAGGAAAUUCAUCAUAUACUGUUGCUCGACUGUUAGCCCAACCAGCCAUUAAGACUGUGAUUGGUGGCUCUAUGCAUACUCUUCCACGUGGGAACUUACUUCUUAUCGGCGGAGAUCUUGCGUACCCAAAUCCUUCAUCAUUUACAUAUGAGAGGCGCUUCUUUAGGCCUUUUGAGUAUGCUCUACAGCCCCCACCUUGGUAUAGGGCUGAACAUAUAGCUUUGGACAAGCCUGAGGUUCCUCCUGGUGUAUCAAAGAUGAACGAAUAUGAUGGACCGCAGUGUUUCAUAAUUCCUGGGAACCAUGACUGGUUUGACGGUCUGCACACUUUUAUGAGAUAUAUAUGUCACAAAAGCUGGUUAGGUGGAUGGUUUUUGCCUCAGAAGAAGAGUUAUUUCGCAUUGCAGCUUCCUAAGGGUUGGUGGAUAUUUGGUCUUGAUCUAGCUCUUCAUGGUGACGUUGAUGUGUACCAAUUCAAGUUUUUCGCAGAUCUUUGUCAGAACAAGGUUGGAGAGAAUGACUCUGUGAUUAUAGUGACACAUGAACCAAACUGGCUUCUUGAUUGGUACUGGAAGGAGACUACAGGCAAGAAUGUCUCACAUUUAAUUGAGGAAUACCUGAAUGGAAGAUGUAAACUUCGCAUGGCAGGGGAUUUACAUCAUUUCAUGAGGCAUUCUGCCACUCGAUCAGACAAACCUAAUUUUGUGCAACACUUUCUUGUCAAUGGAUGUGGUGGUGCCUUUUUGCACCCAACUCAUGUUUUCAAAAACUUUGAGAGGUUCUCUGGAACAACCUAUGAAUGCAAGGCAGCUUAUCCAUCUUAUGAAGAGUCUAGUGGGAUUGCACUGGGUAACAUACUGAAGUUUCGCAAGAAGAAUUGGCAGUUUGACACUAUUGGUGGUUUUAUCUACUUCAUAUUGGCGUUUUCGAUGUUCCCGCAGUGUAAUCUUGUUCACAUCUUGAAUGAAGAAACUUGGUCUGGGCGUCUGAAAAGCUUCUCAAGUACAAUAUGGAGUGCUCUGCUCUAUAUUUUUGAACACUCAUAUGUCUCUUCAGUUGGAAGUUUAACUUUAUUGAUGGCGUCAUAUUCAUUUGUACCAUCCAAACUCUCACGGAAGAAAAGAGCUAUUAUAGGCAGCCUCCAUGUUUUGGCCCAUUUAACUGCAGCUCUACUUUUAAUGUUGCUGCUGGAGUUGGGCAUUGAAAUUUGUAUUCGGAAUCAUUUAUUGGCUACUUCAGGUUAUCACACUCUAUAUGAAUGGUAUCGGUCCAUGGAAAGUGAGCAUUUUCCAGAUCCGACUGGUCUUCGUGCUCGUUUGGAACAAUGGACGCUAGGACUGUACCCAGCAUGCAUAAAAUACCUUAUGUCGGCCUUUGACGUCCCUGAGGUUAUGGCGGUGACAAGGAUAGAUAUCUGCAAGAAUGGAAUGAUGUCUCUUUCACGGAGUGUUCUGAUCAUGUACUACACUUCUGUGUUUAUCUAUUUCUGGAUUUUCUCGACUCCAGUUGUUUCCCUCAUAUUUGGUAGUUACCUAUACAUCUGCAUCAACUGGUUCCAUAUACACUUUGAUGAAGCCUUCUCAUCACUGCGCAUCGCAAACUACAAAUCUUUCACGAGGUUCCGUAUUAAGAAGGAUGGUGAUCUGGAAAUAUUUACUCUUGCAGUUGACAAGGUCCCGAAGGGUUGGAAGUUGGAUCCCAAGUGGGAGUCAGAGGUAAGAGGGCCUCAUCAGCAGCUCAGCCAUCAUUGGAAGCACCCAAGCAAGUGGAGGUCAGCCUCAUCUCCAGACCCUGUGACAUCUGUACGGGUCGUCGACCAUUUCACCAUUGAAAGAACAAGAACCCCAGAUAUCGAGCCCACUUGUUGAUUCUACACACCGCUGCCGUUCUAAGUGGUUGCUAGGUUGAGAAAUUAACAAUCUCCUGUUUUGCUCGUUGCUGAUUUUUCGGCUGACAUAGGUUCACCUAGGCUAUCUGCCUUGUCGCCGCCCCCUUCUCCAGUGAGUACUGACCUCCGGCUCCAGCAUUGUAAGCUGUAUAGCAACUCACCUGUGUACUACUUGUAUUCAAAGAAAUGUUAAAAGAGAUACUAAAGAA